CACUUGUCAUGAUGAGAAAUCGACCAAUUCAUUGGGAAAAUCCUUGGCUGAAACUCCCUCUCUAUCCGAGCACCAAGCGGUGCCAAAUCAGAGGCGCUCUCAUCUUCUUCCUAGUCCGGUGCGGCUCAUCAUCAUCUGAUCAGCUGCUAGUGGAUGAUGGUGAUCUCUUCCUUUUUUUGGAAAUGAAAUUUGAGGGCUAAUGCUUGAAGCUGAUUCAGUUUUCUGAUCAACUACUAGUGCAAUGACAAAUCCCAGUCAGAAAAUGCACUACAAUAGAGAUGGUUUGUUGUACAAUGAGUUAUGGACUGAUGGACUCGUUUGCGCUUUUGAGUUUGUUAAGGGAACAAAUAAGGACGGUAGUUAUAAAUCUGGUUGGAGAAGCAACGAGAUACUCAAAAGACAAGUGCCUCCUAGACCUAGAGUUGAUAAUUCAUUGGAAGAGAAAGAUGGAGGAAACAUGAAUACCAAGUCAUUAGACGAUUCUAACACUAGUAAACCAAAUUCUCAAUCUGGAUGUUUCAAUGUGAAUGAUAGAUUCUCGGGUAGUUAUUGGAUCCCAAUUGGUUGGGCUAGGAUUUCAGAGCUUGUCCAGACUGUGCAAGGUGAUUCUGGUUGGACGAAUCAACCUUGUUGGAUGUCAGAUGAAGAAGAUGAUAUCACAGUUGCAGAAAUAGCAGCUCCAUAUUGGGAACGUCCCAUAGGCCCGACGUGGUGGUGCAAUAUAACAGCUGGCCAUCCUUUUGUAAAUUCUUGGUUGGGUAAUGCACAAUGGUUGCAUCCUGCUAUAAGUGUUGCUUUAAGAGAUGAAAGUAAAUUGAUAAGUGAACGAAUGAAGCAUCUACUUUAUGAGGUUCCUGUGAGAGUAGCAGGUGGAUUGCUUUUUGAACUUUUGGGUCAAUCAGCAGGCGACCCAUUAGUGAAUGAAGAUGAUAUCCCUGUGGUUAUAAGAUCAUGGCAGGCACAACAUUUUUUAGUAACGGCAAUGCAUGCUAAAGGUCCUUCGUUCAUGGAACACGUGAAUGUUCUGGGAAUUGCAGAAGUGCAGGAGCUGCUCGCUGCUGGAGGUGUAAACAUUCCAAGGACAAUUCACGAAGUUAUUGCUCUUUUGGCGUGCCGCCUUGCUCGGUGGGAUGAUAGGCUGUUUCGCAAAUCGAUCUUUGGUGCGGCUGAUGAAAUCGAGUUGAAAUUCAUGAAUAGGAGAACACACGAAGAUAUGCAUUUAUUCAGCAUAAUUUUAAAUCAGGAAAUUAGAAGAUUAUCAACUCAAGUUAUUAGAGUAAAAUGGUCUCUUCACGCAAGAGAAGAAAUCAUUUUCGAACUAGUUCAACAUUUGAGAGGAAACACGACAAGGAAUUUGCUGGAAGGAAUAAGGAAGUCGACAAGGCAUAUGAUUCAAGAGCAAGAAGCAGUCCGUGAUCGAUUGUUUACAAUUCAAGAUGUGAUGCAGAGCACAGUUAGAGCUUCAUUGCAGGACGAAAGUCUGAGAGUAACGCACAAUUUGGGUGUGUUUGGAGGUUGUGGUCUUGUGUUGUCAAUAAUUACGGGUCUAUUUGGAAUAAAUGUAGAUGGAAUUCCAGGAUCAACGAGUACCCCAUACGCGUUUGGUGUGUUUACAGGAAUUCUGUUUUUACUAGGAAUAGUGUUAAUUGGGAUUGGAUUGUUGUAUCUUGGUAUGAAGAAACCGACAAGUGGAGAAGAAGUUGAGGUUAGAAAGUUAGAGCUGGAAGAGCUUGUGAGGAUGUUUCAACAAGAAGCCGAGUCUCAUGCGCAAGUACAGAAAGGUAACAACCGAACUAAGAUGUCUUCGGCUGCUGUUCUUCCCGAUGGAGAAGGCUAUAUUCUUAUCAAAUGAACAUAACACAAUUUGUUGAGAUAAUUUUAAACUCUCCUAUUUUGAAUGUGUCAUUUUUGACUAUUUUG